UCUUGCUGACUCAGGCAAAGCGAUAAGAGUUUCAUAUGCAACAGUGUCUCUCUGUCAGUCGUCAAGAUCGCAUUUAGCAGUGGAAAAAUACAAAAUAAAAUGUCCAAGAGCGCAAAGCCACCAAUUUCCGUCCACAUCCUCGACACUUCUCGCGGUCGUCCUGCUACUGGAGUUCCCAUCACGCUGUAUAAAGAAGAAAAUGGCACAUGGCACACAGUGGGAAAUGGCCAAACUAACGCAGACGGAAGAUGUGAAACUUUCCUCACGAGAGAACAAUUUUCUUCAGGCACAUUUAAGAUUCACUACGCCGUGGAGGAUUACUUUAUGAAAAACUCAGGCUUCUCAUUUUAUCCAUACAUUGAGGUGGUCUUCAAGAUCGACAAUGCAGGAAAUGAUCAAAAUUAUCACAUUCCUCUCCUCCUCAAUCCAUUCGGCUACUCGACAUACCGAGGAUCAUAGAGGAAAGGUCCUUUCAAGAGCACAAAGAAUGAUAAUAAAAUGGGAUAAAACAUAAA